AUGGCUGGCGACAUAUUGACACUGGUCCGUCGGCAAAGUACUCCGGUGCAAUGUUAUAACUGCGAAUAUGCAUAUCAGUAUGCACGCCUGGCUGGACGGACUGAAGCGUUGUGCGAAGACGACGGUUUUUACGAUUUGUAUCAGACCUGCGCAAAUUGUAUCGAGGAUGAGACCGACACGGACAAUGUCAGAGAAUACGUCGAGCCGAAGCUGGGGCGGUUUGUCGAUUAUUGUGCUAGCUUUACAUCGUUGACGAACUGGGCAACUAUGGGUACAGCUUCUGCGGCUUUGGCUACAGCCUCUGCUACUUUGGCGACUACUGAGGAGGAUGAGCAAAGGUCUGCCACAGAGGCGGCGAGUACUGACGAUGCAGAUGAUUCGACUUCCAGAAACGUGCCUGCUGCCACUUCGAAUAGCGAGUCGGAUCAACUAGACCCACCAACUUCGAGUAGCCCUUCAGAGGCAAACGACAACUCAGGCAAAAGCCAAGCCUGGAUUGCCGGCCCUGUUGUCGGCGCAAUAGUGGCCGUCUUGAUCCUCGCAGGUGUUGGCUUCUGGUGGUACAGACGACGCAAGAGGGCACCAAAAGCCCCCCCAAGUCCUCAAGAGAACCAAGAAACGGCCCAGUUUGACAAGCCUCAGCUACAUUCAGAGUGUAUUCCUCGACCCAACCCCGGACAAGUAGUUACAACAUUGCCUGCCGACCAAGGCCAUGCUCAUUCGUAUUCUUAUGGCGAGAUGCCAGCCAAUGAGGCACCCGCUUAUGAGCUGUCGGGUGAAGACAGACGGAGGGCGGGAUAG